AUGUGGAAAUCUCUCUUGAAGCUGCGCCCUUUAGCUGAAAGAUUCAUUAAAUGUGAAGUGGGCAAUGGUCUAAAGGCUAGUUUCUGGAAUGAUUGUUGGACUCCUCUAGGUUCAUUAAUAAAAUGUUUGGGUGAUGAUGGUCCAAGAAGAUUGCGUAUACCUUUGCACUCCUCUGUGGCAGAAGCUUGUUCUAAAGAUUUUUGGAACCUACCGCACCCUAGAUCAGAAAAUGAGGUCAUACUACAUGCUCAUCUUACCACGGUUGCUCCUCCGGUCCCUACAAGCAGCGCAGACGAGUUUUUCUGGACAGUCGACGGUAUAAAGCUCAGCAAAUUCUCAGCGCCGAAAACUUGGCAACAAUGUAGGCCGCGGGAACCUCCUAAGGAAUGGUCGAAACUGAUAUGGUUCUCAGGAUGUGUUCCAAAGCAUGCUUUCAACAUGUGGAUUGCCCAACUCGACAGGAUGCCUGUGAGAACCCGUUUGGAACGAUGGGGGGUCACCGACGCCAGUAACUGUCCUGUCUGUUUGUUUGGAAUAGAAACCCGUGAUCACAUCCUUCUCACCUGUGGCUACAGCUCUGAAAUAUGGAGGUAUGUUCUCCCAAGAUUGGAGUCCCCUAAUGUGUGCUUUAUGAACUGGACCGAACUACUCUCAUGGAUAAAGACACCAGUCCGAGGAAAUUUCUGCACAUUGAAGAAAAUUGUUACCCAAUCUACUCUCUACCACAUCUGGCGUCAGAGAAAUAAUAUCCUCCAUAACCAAGUUCUUAUCCCUCCGGACACGGUUUUCAGGAUUAUUGAUCGAGAGGUGAGAAAUAUUUUCUUAGGAAGGAGGGGAAGGAGACAACACUCUCUUGUCUUCUUGGCUAAAGUUUGA